AUGCCAUACAAGGGGAAGAAGGCUACAAGCAAAACUGCGAAGCGCCCGAGGGAGUCUUCGGAUUCUCAAUCUGAUGAUGAUGUUGUCCAUCACAAUUUUCCCCCCAGACCAGAAAAGCAUGUGAUUGAGAUCAGUGAUGAGGACAGUUCUUCAUCAGACCUAGACGAUCAGCAGGCAAGGGGGUCUUCUCUGAAGAUGACACGAGAACUUCACGGUGACCCUAAAAAGUCUCACCUUGCAAAGAGAAAACAGUAUUGCCAAGAUGUAAAAACUUCUAUCGACACCCUGAAUGAAAAGCUUGUGCGUAUUUUUAAAACGCAACAAAGGGAAAGGAAGAUGCUUCGUUCCAAAUAUUCUAAGAUGUUUGAGCCUUUGUUCCAACAAUGGGAAAAGGAUGUGAUGAAAGUCGGACAAGAAGAAGACAGUUUUGUUAAUUCAUCCCACCAACGUGCAGGGACUAUGUACAAUGCUAUGAUGGCGCAGAAAGCGACCAUUGAUGAAGCAAAAACUGUAUCUGAUCAGUUUCUAAAGAAUGUCCAAGCCCUUGAGGAUGAGCACAAAGUUCUUGAUGCUAUUGAGCAAAACAAAUUGGAAAGUGAAAUGCAAAGCCUGAAGAGGAAACUUGAGACAGAAAGUCAACAACAGGACUUGGCAGCUAUCGAAUCAUGUCUUCAUUCUUUGUUCUCGGAGGAUAAUGAAGAAGAUUAGCUGUGAUCAUGUCAUGUGACAUGCACAAAACAUGCCUUACACUACCAAAAAU